AUGCUAUUCUUGUGUUUAAGUGUUUUGUUAAGCGUUCGGUGCUUAGGUAUCAGUGCCGAGACGGUUGACGUUAAGACCAGCUCCGGUACUGUGAGGGGACAGACUAUUGUCGAACUCGACAAAAAACUCAACCAAUUCUAUGGCAUACCAUUCGCUGAGCCACCGGUCGGUGCCCUAAGAUUUGCCAAACCAAUGCCUAUUACAAAGCCUUCACCGGAUAUCAUCGAUGCGACCAAAAAGAAGACCUCCUGUUUGGGUGGCGAUGAGCCGGCGUCUGAAAACUGUCUAUACGUCAACAUAUGGGCGCCCCAUAACACCACACAAUUAAAAGCA